AGAAACCACAGUCACAAGUACUCUUCCUAGAGAAAAGAAAACUACUACAAGAUGCUGCUAUCUUCAGCAAGCUCACUGACAGAGAGCUCGUUGGCGAACGAUUCACCAUCGUCGCCAUCAUCAUUAAAGAGUCCGUCUUUACCACCGGAGGAACCGGCUUCACCAUGGACUGAUCGAUGGCCAAACCACAACCUACAGAACUACUACAUGGACGCGAAUGCCAACGCCGUGCCUUUCCCGGUUUCCCCGGGUGUUCAGAAGGCAGCUGCUCCUUCACUCGGGCAACAGCCGUCUAUUGCCAGAAAAGCUGUCCCGCUUAUUGAUUUAAUAGUCACCCCGGAUUACGAUCCUAACCUCCCCCGACAAUGCACAUAUCCCAACUUCAAUGAGCACCUAACAAUUCUUCAACGACGACAGCUUAAGCUAUUCGUUAACACUCUCAAGCAACCUAUUGCCAUUGUCCUACCGACAAAACGUAACUACUACGGUAGCAGGCUAGUUAUCUCUAACCUCGAUCAAGAGCGUGUCCUUGCCAGUCUUGAAAAGCACCCGCUAGCCCCCAUUGGUGAAGAAGACCAGGCAAGUCCUAGCUACGAGGAAGAUCAAAGCACUAUUGUUGCCGGCGAAGAAUCUCACCAAGAAUCCUACGAGGAAUCUGCCGGUUUCGUCGACAAGGAAGUCCAAGACGAACCUACCAACAUGGCUGAGGGCAACUUCUCCAACGACGCCUCAUCGGCUAACCGCAACGACGGCCCGUUCGAUGCUGGCAAAUAUCUAGACUCCAUCGAGGACCCCGUACAACGCAGGAAGACCGUGCGUGCUGGAAUGAACGCCAUGUGGCCCUCCAAUCACGUAGUCAACAACGUCUGGCGUCACCCUUACUAUCGCGGCGUCGAGGAAGACGGCGACUACGAAACCUGGUUUAAAGCUACGGCCGACGAGCUUGGCUGGGACAAUGACGACCCCUACUACGAGCCAGAGGAUGAUGAGCAUUGGCGAGAGGUGGACGUGCCUCAGGUCGGCGACGAGGGUAUCCCCGACCAGGCGGCGCUUGACUACGUGAUGCAUAUGCGAUACACGCGCGAGAAAAUGGAAGCUGCCAUCCGACGAAAGAGGGAGCUGUGGCAGGCGCGACAUGGCACUUACGAUGCCUUUGCUGCUACUUUUGGAAGUGACGGUGACGACGGCGACGACGCUGAAGACGCUGACGACAACGACGACAACGACAACAACAGCGGCAGCGACGAUGAGGAUGGUGAUGAUGAUGACACCGAGGAACCUCCCCUACCUCCCCGUCGUCCCAUUCGCAUCAAGUUGGUCUCUAAGGCCAAGAAGGAUGCCGCAAUCGAUGAUGGCCCCCGGGUUUCCAUCCCCCAGGAUCCCCUCCCGCGUGGUGUCAAGCUCGUCUCAAACACCGGUCCCCCCUCCCAGCAAGCCCCGGGCUCCCCAUCAAGCUCGGGACGUCCAUCGAAGCGCGGUCGUGGCCGUGGACGCGGACGCGGACGAGGUCGAGGUCGAGGUCGCGGUCGCGGUAGUGGUAGUGGUAGUGGUCGCAAGCGUAAGGUUGAUGACGACGCAGCGUAUGAGCCGGAGACCGAUGAGUCUGGCGAGCAGGAUGGUGCGCGCAAGAAGCGACGCCGGACUGUAUGAUGGUCAUUACGACAGCCCCUUUUCUCCACGGACCAAUGAUGCUGGAGAGGGGAUAUGGAGUUACGUUGAGACGAUAUAACGAGAUC